GUCGAACAGAUGGAGGGUACGAUGAAGUUCAACAACUGUCUCCGAGUAGACGCCAGACGUUUCAAGCACGGUGUGCUCAACGUCAUCAAACGCUGGAGCCUAAUGUUUAAACAGCACCUCAUCGAACACGUCGCAGACAGCCUCAACGAGCUCGCUGAGUUUGUUCAGGUAACCAGCAAGGGACUGGAGGCCGAAGUUAAACCAGGUGACUACGAUCAGCUUGUCAGCACCAUGGGCUACCUGGGCGGUGUAAAGGAGCGGCAAGCAGCCACGGACGAGAUGUUCGAACCCCUACAGCACACCAUCGAACUGUUGGAAACCUACCAGCAUCAGAUGCCCGAGGAAGUUCAUCGGCAACUGGAGGUGGGUCGUCAGUCAGAUUUCCUCUGCUGGCAAGCAGCCAAGAAGCGGGAGCUACCAGAGAAGUGGAAUAACUUGAAGAAACAGGCGGCCAUUGUGAAACAGACAGUCGCUCCUCUGCAGACUGAAGAAGUGGCAAAUAUUCGUCGUCGUGUCGCCUCCUUCGAUGUGGCCCAAUACAAGGCCAAGGAGGCCUGCAUUAAGCUAGAGCCUCUUGACUACUCCUGUGAGGAACCAUACGUACACCUUGACAAAGUACGUUCGCGUAAAACUUGCUCUUUUGUUCCUACUGCAAAUCAUUCCAAUUAA